ACAGGGAGCCUGGCCCAGAAAAAGGCGCUCUAAGUGGUGGGUGAGUUCUGCCUAAUCAGGGCCAAUUCUAAACCUGCAUCUGCAAGCUUUGUGAGCGGCAUCGUUCAGGGCCACUGGAGGUUACAGGAGUGGCAGUGACAGCUGCUUGGAAAAGAGCCAGAAGCUCAAACAAAAUCCUGAGGUUCUUCAGCCCUUACACCUGAGACCCCCAUCUUCAACCCAGGCCAGAGCAUCAGGUUCUGAGAGAGAGGCGCAUCAGGACUAGCGCGCCAGCCGGCAGGAAGUGGCAGGUUGUCCUGGCAACCCUGGACCGAGCCUUGCAGGCGGUGGUAGGCGCCCUUUCUUUCGCUUUGCAUCCUUGGCAUUCGGCAGUUCCGUUGCCAGUUGGUGCGUUCAUCCGGCCAAUAAACUCCAUGGAGUCGUCCAAGGGUGAGCCCAUGAGUACUGGAAACGGCAAACCCAGCUGCCAACUUCCUUCCAUUUCAAGAGCGGCCUGUACUAGAGAGCUGGAGAAGGUUCCAGAGAACAGUGACUUGGGCAUGACCAAGGUGGACAGGAGAUACAAUGCCAAGCACAGUGACGUUCUAGAGUCCAAGGGUUCCUUGGCCAGCAGGAUGGCCUCUGACAGAAGGACCAGUCUUUCGUCUUCUGAUGAAGUAGGUCGGAGAGUCACUGAGCCUCCAGGACCCCCUGGAGUGUUGAUUCACUCUGACACAGCGGCAGAGAUGGGUCAGAAGUCUUCCUCUUCCUCCUCCUCUUCCUCCACACGGUCUAGUCGCUCCUCUCAAGUUUCACUGCCUGUGUUCCAGAAGGAAAAAUACCCUGAGGAACUCAGCCUGCUUAAGUUACAGACAGAAGAUGGGCAGCGUCCUGAGUGGACAUUUUAUCCGAGGUUUAGCAGCAAUAUCCACACCUACCACGUUGGAAAGCAGUGCUUCUUCAGUGGGGUCUUCCGGGGCAACAGGAGGUCUGAGGCCGAGAGGACACUGGACAAGAGCCUCGGGAAGAAGAAGUAUGAUAUUGAUCCCAGAAAUGGAAUCCCAAAGUUAACACCAGGGGAUAACCCAUAUAUGUUCCCAGAGCAGAGUAAGGAGUUCUUCAAAGCAGGGGCAACUCUGCCACCAGUCAACUUUUCACUGGUUCCUUAUGAAAAAAAAUUUGAUACAUUUAUUCCACUGGAGCCACUUCCCCAAAUCCCCAACUUGCCUUUCUGGGAGAAGGAAAAGGCCAACAACUUGAAGAAUGAGAUAAAAGAAGUCCAGGAGUUGGAUGACUGGCAGGCACCGCCUCCCUUCCUACACAGUGUUUUCUUCUCUGGGACUGGGGAGAUGGCUCCACGGUUAAGGUUGCUUGCUGCUCUUCCAGGAGAAACAAGUUCAGUUCACAGCACCCAAGUCGGGAGGCUCACAACUCCCUGUAACUCCGGCAUCAGGGGCUCUGACACCUUCUUCUGGCCUCAUCGGAUAUCCUCACAUGUGUUGCAUACACGUUCACGCACACAUACACAUAAAUAAAUAAAUAAAUCUUAAAGAAUGUUUUGCAAUAUGGUAUUAAUUACUAUGGCAGGGUGCAUGCGAUUCAUUUUGUAGUAAAGAUACCAGAACACCAGUUUUCCCAGUGAUGGCUAAUGAACAAAUGAGAAGAGGGGUCUAGGAAUGCCAAUCUGGGGGUUGAGGGGGAGCUAGAGAGCUUGUCUUAAAUUGAGUACAUUAAUUUGAGGGAGAUUAUGAGGACUAUGGGUGGUAACUAAUACUCUUCCCAACUAUACCUUGAUGUUGCUGUUGACUUUCAUCCCUAAUUUUAGCCUUUUUCUGUGUAGUCCCUUGGUGUUAAAAGAUAGGUGAGAGCUGACAACAUGGUUCAACAUUAAAACCACUUACUGCACAAGCCCAGUGACAUGAAUUUGAUCUCUGGGAGACAUGGUGGAAGGGAAGAACCAACUCGUGGAAGUUCCCUUCUGACCUCCACAUGUAUGCUGUGGCUUGCAACACUCCUCCUCAGUAAUAAAUACAAAUGAAAAUAGUAAAAAAACAAAGUGGGUGAGACAGAAAUUGAUAUUUUAAGUAUUUUCCUCAUGUAAGCAAAUGUCAAUUCAGUCAGAUCCAGUUCCAGAAGGUGAUUAUGGUGGCAAAAUGGAGAAUGAUAUAGCCUAAACUUCCCUCUGUAAGUUAGGUAGACCACUACUGUCUUUCUGGAGUCAGACUCUUCCAAAUUAUGUGUUUUGCAUGUCAAUC